AUGAUUCAUGCCAAAGGGGGUUUUGAAAUCCGAAACUUCAUGUCCAAUUCGAAGGAGAUAAUGGAACGAAUAGGAUCGAACUCUGCACAAACGUACCGUCAAUUGACGGUGGAGAAAACUGACAUCACGCAAACGGUGCUAGGGAUGAAGUGGAUUCCUAGUAGUGACGACUUCACAUUUAUCUUUGAAAUGAACAGCUGCUGGGGAAACGUUCUCGAGGACACGUACACACCGACUAAACGAGAAGUUCUUCGAGUAAUCAUGAGUUUUUUUGAUCCACUGGGAUUGGCUGCAUUUUUUUUAGUGCACGGAAAAAUACUGAUGCAGGAUAUUUGGGCUCCUGGCAUCAGUUGGGAUGACCACAUCAGCGAAAAGCACUUUGGUAGAUGGAGAGAUUGGGUUAAUCUAUUCCCAAAGUUGAACAACCUUCGAAUUCCUAGAUGCUAUUCGUAUUCUUCCCUGCAAAUCCAUAUCUUUGUGGAUGCCAGUGAAUCGGCAUACGCUAGUGUCGCCUACUUUCGGGUAAUAAGUACAAAUGGACCAUUAGCAUCAUUAGUAGCGGCUAAAUCAAAGGUUGCUCCACUUAAAAUGCAAACAAUUCCAAGACUCGAACUGCAGGCAGCUGUCCUGGGAACUAGGCUGCUGAGCAACAUAUGUUCUAUGCAUUCCCUUCCCAUUACACAGCGUUUCUUAUGGACGGAUUCGAAAACAGUUCUCUCGUGGAUAUAUUCGAACCAACGCAAAUACCCUCCGUACGUGGGCUUUAGAGUAAGUGAAAUUCUGUCUACUACUAAUACAACAGAGUGGCGAUGGCUUCCGAGUAAAUUGAACGUGGCGGACGAUGCGACCAAAUGGGGAACUGGUCCCAAAAUCGACGUAGAAAGCCGCUGGUUUCGUGGUCCUGAUAUUUUUCUACAAUCUGAUGCAUUGUGGCCCUCAGUUCCUGAUCUUCCAGUUUCCACAGUUGAAGACUCGCAUGUGUGUCUUUUGCAUCAUUCACCUGGCGCUAAUCUCAUCGACAGCAAUAGGUUCAGCAAAUGGGAACGGCUUCUUCGAACACAAGCAUUUGUAAAUCGGUUUAUUUCCAACACGCGAACGGAGCCACGAGAAAGUGGCGGGUUUACACAACAAGAAUUUGCAAAGGCAGAACGAUGCCUGUGGUUACAGGCGCAAGCCGUUGUUUUCAUCAACGAACUAGAUAUACUCAACAAAACACGCGGAGUACCGCAGGAUCGUCAUGCCAGUGUUACUAAAUCAAGUUCGAUCUACAAAUCUUGGCCAUUUAUGGACGAACAAGGAGUUAUUCGAAAGCGUGGCCGCAUUAGCUCUGUUAGUUGGAUACCUUAUGAGGCAAAAUACCCUACAAUACUUCCUCGUCAAAACCGUAUAACCUUCCUCCUCGCAGAUUGGUUUCAUUGUCGCUUUAACCAUGCCAACCGCGAAACAAUAGUGAACGAGAUGAGACAGCGUUUUGAAAUACCGAAACUGAGAUCACUGAUUGCGGAGGUGAUUCGAUCGUGUGUAUGGUGCAAAGUCUUUAAGGCCAGACCAACCGUUCCGCCCAUGGCCCCACUGCCGAAGGUUCGUCUAACUCCAUUCAUUCGCCCCUUUACAUUUGUCGGCUUAGACUACUUCGGUCCAGUCCUAGUGAAAUUGGGCCGCAGCAAUGUCAAGCGUUGGAUUGGACUCUUCACAUGUCUCACGAUUCGGGUUGUUCAUAUGGAAGUCAUACAUAGCUUGUCUACGGAGUCUUGUGUUAUGGCUGUUAGACGUUUCGUAUCGCGAAGAGGAGCGCCGGCAGAAAUCUUUAGCGAUAACGGAACAGACUUCCAAGGAGCAAACAAACAACUACGCAAGGAAAUGAAAGAGCGCAACACUACUAUGGCAUCGAUUUUCACAAAUGCAAAUACGCGUUGGAACUUCAAUCCUCCCGCUGCGCCUCAUAUGGGUGGGGUUUGGGAACGGAUGGUUCGAUCAGUGAAAGUAGCAAUCAAGGCUUUUCUGGAAUCAUCUCGCAAACCGGAUGAAGAAACCUUGGAAACCGUUGUACUGGAGGCAGAGGCAAUGAUUAAUUCGAGACCACUGACGUACAUUCCACUUGAGUCAGCGGAUCAGGAAUCGUUAACGCCCAAUCACUUUCUGCUAGGCAGUUCCAAUGGGGUGAAACAGCAGCCGGUGCUGCCUAUAAAUGGACGAACAACCUUAAGAAGUAGCUGGAAACUUGCACAACAUCUCGCCGAUGAAUUUUGGAGAAGAUGGAUAAAAGAGUAUAUUCCGGUGAUUUCAAGGCGAUCCAAGUGGUUCGAUGAAAUCAAGGAGAUAGCUGAAGGAGAUUUAGUAUUGGUGGUGGACGGAACAGUGCGGAAUCAGUGGUUGCGAGGAAAAGUGGAGAAAGUCGUUCAGGGUUCGGACGGCCACGUGCGUCAAGCAUGGAUAAAAACAAUGAACGGAACCGUAAGACGACCUGCAGUAAAACUGGCGUUACUCGACGUCUUGGAACCUGGUGAACCUGACAUAGGCAACUACAGUGGUUCACGGGAGGGGGAUGUGACAGCGAGUACCCCCAGGUCUAAUCACAACUAUAUAUCUAUCGUCUAUGACGGCGCCAAUAAACCACUGUCAGAAUAA